AUGGCUUCCAUCGAUAUUGCUACACGAGAGCUCGAGAAUCCUAUUGAUCUGGCCGAAUACCUCUUCCGUCGUCUUCAUGAAGUCGGUAUCCGUUCAGUCCAUGGAGUCCCCGGAGACUACAACCUUUCAGCACUCGAUUACUUGCCUAAGUGCGACUUGGAUUGGGUAGGGAACUGCAAUGAAUUAAAUGCAGGCUAUGCCGCUGAUGGAUAUGCACGCGUCAACGGAAUGGGCGCGUUGAUAACCACCUUCGGGGUCGGUGAACUAUCUGCCUUGAACGCCGUUGCUGGCGCAUACUCUGAAUUUGUCCCCAUCGUCCACAUCGUAGGCCAACCUACAACUCAGUCUCAGAAGGAUGGCAUGCUGCUUCACCACACUCUGGGUAACGGCGAUUUCAACGUAUUCACGAAAAUGAGCGCCGGUAUCUCUUGCUACGUUGCCCAGCUCAAUGACCCCCAUUACGCGGCAGCUUUCGUCGACAGUGCAAUUCGGGAAUGCUGGAUUCGCAGCCGCCCCGUCUACGUUACCUUGCCCACGGACAUGAUCUACGCCAAGGUUGAUGGAGACCGCCUGAAGAAGCCAAUUGACCUGUCGCUGCCCGAUAAUGACCCAGAGAAGGAAGACUACGUCGUGGACGUCGUCCUGAAAUAUCUGCACGCGGCCAAGAACCCUGUCAUUCUGGUUGAUGCAUGUGCCAUCCGCCAUCGCGCAUUGAAGGAGGUGCAUGAUCUGGUAGAAGCCUCUGGGCUGCCCACCUUUGUAACCCCAAUGGGCAAGGGUGCUGUGAACGAAUCCCACCAAAACUUUGGUGGCGUUUAUGCCGGCAAUGGAUCCAAUGCCGGCGUCCGAGAAGUAGUCGAAUCCUCCGACCUGAUUCUCAGCAUUGGCGCCAUCAAAUCCGAUUUCAACACGGCCGGUUUCACUUAUCGAAUCGGUCAGCUAAACACGAUCGAUUUCCACAGCAACUAUGUGCGUGUGCGUUACUCUGAGUACCCGGAUACCAACAUGAAGGGUGUUCUUCGAAAGGUUGUGCAGAAGAUGGGCAAGUUGAACGUGACUCCUGCUCCUCGCAUCACCAAUAAGCUCCCGGAGAGCGAGCAAUCUUCCUCUGACCAGACCAUAACCCAUGCCUGGCUGUGGCCAGUUGUUGGUCAGUGGCUGAAGGAAAAUGAUGUCGUCAUCACGGAAACUGGUACGGCCAACUUUGGUAUCUGGGACACUCGAUUCCCUGCGAAUGUGACCGCCAUUAGCCAGGUUCUUUGGGGGAGCAUUGGUUACUCGAUGGGAUCCUGCCAGGGUGCUGCCUUGGCUGCCAAAGAGCAAAACAAUCGUCGUACAAUUCUGUUCAUCGGAGAUGGUAGCAUUCAGUUGACGGUGCAAGAGCUCAGUACAAUUCUCCGAAACAAACUGUCGCCUAUUGUAUUUGUGAUCUGUAACGAGGGCUACACCAUUGAGCGCUACAUCCAUGGCUGGGACGCGCGAUACAACGACAUCCAACCGUGGGACUUUGCGAACAUCCCCAAGGUUUUCGGCGCGGAUGAUGGAUACAAAGGAUACAGGAUCAAGACCAGAGAUGAACUGAACAAGUUGUUCACUGAUCAGGACUUCUGUACUUCCAACAGCCUCCGGCUGGUGGAGCUGUAUAUGCCUCGUGACGAUGCGCCCUCUGCACUCAAGCUGACCGCCGAAGCUGCAGCCGCGCGCAACAAAUAA